AUGAAGCUCGCCAUUGCCCUCACCCUGGUCACCCUGACUCUCUUCUGCAGCCCUGCAUCUACAGAGGUCUGCCUGAACUUUCUACAUGUCAUCGAAAACCUCUUCAUGGGCACGCUUCCCAGCUAUGAGGCUGCCCUUGAACCCUUCAGCCCUGAGGAAGACAUGAAAAAUGCAGGGGCCCAGUUGAAGAUGCUGGUGGACACCCUCCCCCAGAAGGCCCAGGACAGCAUGACAAAGCUCACGGACAAAAUAAUCCAAAGCCCACACUGUGCUUAGGAUUUAGAAGCUGAAGAUCUCCACCUGCCGAGACCCCUGCCACUCCCCGGAUGUUUCCUUCACUCCAUCCCCACCAGCCCUGCCUGGCUCCCUGCAAUAAAGGACAAGCAUCACA